GACGUCAGCGGCCUCUUCCCUGCCUGUUCCCUGCCAUCGUGAGGUGGGCAGUGUAAAACUUCCUGUCUCUUUUCUCGACUGAGCGAAUCCAAAACCAUCCGUCAAAAUGGUGAACUUCACCAUAGACCAAAUUCGUACCAUCAUGGACAAAAAGUCCAACAUUCGUAACAUGUCUGUGAUUGCGCACGUUGACCAUGGUAAGUCCACAUUGACGGACUCGCUUGUGUCAAAGGCUGGCAUCAUUGCCGGUUCCCGUGCAGGAGAGACCCGCUUCACAGACACGCGUAAAGAUGAACAGGAACGUUGCAUCACCAUCAAGUCUACCGCCAUUUCCCUUUACUACGAGCUAAGUGAAAAUGACAUGGCCUUCAUUAAGCAGACAAAGGAUGGUCUGGGCUUCUUGAUCAACCUGAUUGACUCACCUGGGCACGUUGACUUCUCCUCUGAAGUGACUGCUGCCCUUCGUGUCACUGAUGGAGCCCUGGUUGUUGUGGACUGUGUGUCUGGUGUUUGCGUGCAAACUGAGACAGUGCUUCGUCAGGCCAUUGGUGAGCGUAUCAAGCCAGUCCUGAUGAUGAACAAGAUGGACCGUGCCCUGCUUGAGUUGCAGCUGGAACCUGAAGACCUUUACCAGACCUUUCAGCGUAUUGUUGAGUCAAUCAAUGUCAUCAUCUCUACUUACGGAGAGGACGAGAAUGGACCCAUGGGUCACAUCAUGGUUGAUCCAGUCAUUGGUACCAUUGGCUUUGGCUCUGGACUCCACGGAUGGGCUUUCACCCUCAAGCAGUUUGCUGAGAUGUACGCAGCCAAGUUUGCUGCCAAGGGCAACGCCCAGUUGACACCUGACGAGCACUGCAAGAAGGUGGAAGACAUGAUGAAGAAACUGUGGGGUGAUAGAUACUUCGAUGCCGCCAAUGGAAAGUUCCUUAAGAAUCCUAACGGAGCUGAUGGCACCAAACACCCUCGCACCUUUGUUGCUCUUAUCCUGGACCCCAUCUUCAAGGUUUUCGAUGCAAUCAUGAACUUUAAGAAAGAAGAGACUGCAAAGUUGAUCCAGAAGUUGGAGAUCAAGUUGGAUGCUGAAGACAGGGACAAGGAGGGUAAACCACUCCUGAAGGCUGUUAUGCGUCGCUGGCUCCCUGCUGGUGAGGCCCUCCUUCAGAUGAUCACUAUCCAUCUGCCCUCACCUGUCACUGCUCAGAAGUAUCGUUGUGAGCUGCUCUAUGAAGGACCUGGAGAUGACGAGGCUGCCAUGGCAAUCAAGAACUGUGACCCCAAGGGCCCCCUGAUGAUGUACAUCUCAAAAAUGGUCCCCACCACUGACAAGGGUCGCUUUUAUGCAUUUGGCCGUGUGUUCGCUGGCUGUGUCUCCACUGGCCUGAAGGUGCGCAUUAUGGGACCAAACUUUGUUCCUGGAAAGAAGGAAGACCUCUACGUUAAACCAAUUCAGAGGACCAUUUUGAUGAUGGGACGUUAUGUUGAGCCCAUUGAAGAUGUGCCUUGUGGUAACAUCGUCGGUCUGGUUGGAGUGGACCAGUACCUGGUGAAGACUGGAACGAUCACAACCUAUGAGCAGGCACACAACAUGAGAGUGAUGAAGUUCAGUGUGAGCCCUGUGGUAAGAGUUGCUGUAGAGGCCAAAAACCCUGCUGACCUGCCCAAGCUGGUGGAGGGUCUGAAGCGUCUGUCCAAGUCUGAUCCUAUGGUGCAAUGUAUCAUUGAGGAGUCUGGAGAACAUAUUGUUGCUGGUGCUGGAGAGCUGCAUCUGGAGAUCUGUUUGAAAGAUCUGGAGGAGGAUCAUGCUUGUAUUCCACUCAAGAAAUCUGAUCCAGUGGUGUCCUACAGAGAGACCGUCUCUGCAGAAUCAAGUGUCAUGUGCCUGUCCAAGUCACCGAACAAGCACAACCGUCUGUUCAUGAGGGCCCGUCCCUGCGAAGAUGGUCUGGCAGAAGACAUUGAGAAGGGAGAUGUUAGCGCCCGACAGGAGAUGAAGGCUCGUGCCCGCUACCUUGCUGACAAGUUUGAGUGGGAUGUCGGUGAGGCCAGAAAGAUCUGGUGCUUCGGACCUGAUGGAACUGGCCCCAACCUGUUGGUGGAUGUAACCAAGGGAGUGCAGUACCUGAAUGAGAUCAAGGAUAGUGUUGUGGCUGGAUUCCAGUGGGCUGUCAAGGAGGGUGUCCUCUGUGAAGAAAACAUGCGUGCCAUUCGCUUUGACAUCCAUGAUGUUACCCUGCACACGGAUGCUAUUCACCGUGGUGGUGGUCAGAUUAUUCCAACAGCUCGCAGAGUUCUGUACGCAUGUGAGCUCACUGCAGAGCCAAGAAUGAUGGAGCCAGUCUACUUGGUGGAGAUCCAGUGUCCCGAAGGCGCAAUCGGUGGAAUCUACGGUGUGUUGAAUAGGAGGCGUGGUCACGUGUUUGAGGAGUCCCAAGUUGUGGGAACACCCAUGUAUGUUACCAAGGCCUACCUGCCUGUCAUGGAGUCAUUCGGUUUCACAGCUGACCUUCGUUCAAACACCGGUGGCCAGGCCUUCCCACAGUGUGUGUUUGACCAUUGGCAGAUCCUCCAGGGAGACCCCAUGGACCCUGCAUCCAAACCUGGCAUUGUUGUCACAGACGCACGCAAACGUAAGGGUCUGAAGGAAGGUGUCCCAGCGCUGGACAACUACCUGGACAAAUUGUAAACGCCUGGACCCACUUGGCUCCUGCCUGAUUCCUGUUUUCAUGAAAUUUGAGUCUAUAUUGUGGGACCGGACUGUACAGUACACCGUGAGCACUAAUGUUUGCCAAAAGAAUUGACAAUAAUUCAUAAACAACCACAAAAAUUGUAAACAAUAAAAUAAAAUAAAAACUUGA